AUGCCUGACAUUUCAGUCGAUAUCCUGGUGAUUGGCGCUGGCCCAACUGGUUUGGGCGCUGCGAAAAGACUCAAUCAGAUUAAUGGACCCUCGUGGAUGAUAGUCGACUCGAAUGAGAUUCCCGGAGGUCUUGCCUCUACCGACGUGACCAAGGAAGGAUUUCUGUACGAUGUCGGCGGACACGUCAUCUUCUCCCACUACAAAUAUUUCGACGACUGCAUCGACGAGGCUCUCCCGAGCGAAGACGACUGGUAUACACAUCAGAGAAUAUCCUACGUCCGCUGCAAAGGGCUAUGGGUCCCAUAUCCCUUCCAGAACAAUAUCUCUAUGCUGCCUAAGGAGGAUCAAGUGGUUUGCAUGGACGGCUUGAUCGAUGCUGCCAUGGAGGCAAGAGUAGCGAACACGAAGCCCAAAAACUUCGACGAGUGGCUUGUGCGGAAUCAAGGCGUUGGUAUUUGCGACAUCUUUAUGAGACCUUACAAUUUCAAGGUUUGGGCUGUACCAACCACGAAGAUGCAAGCAGAAUGGCUAGGCGAACGCGUAGCUGCUCCGAAUUUGAAGGCUGUGACCAAGAAUGUUAUUCUAAAUAAGGUCGCUGGCAACUGGGGACCCAACGCCACCUUCAGAUUCCCUGCCCGGGACGGUACUGGCGGCAUCUGGAUCGCCGUGGCGAAGACCAUUCCAGACGAGAAGAAGCGAUUCGGCAAGAAGGGAACCGUGAAGGCAGUCGAUGCAGACAAGCAGCAGGUGCUAAUGGAGGAUGGCACCACUAUCCGCUACGAACGACUCGUCAGCACCAUGGCCAUCGACUCCUUAGCCGAAGCUAUGAAGGAUGAAAAACUCAUCGGCCUCUCGAAGGAAUUGUUCUACAGCAGCACCCACGUCAUUGGUGUGGGUAUCAGAGGUUCGCGGCCCGAACGGAUUGGCGACAAAUGCUGGCUCUACUUCCCUGAGGAUGAUUGCCCCUUCUACCGAGCGACCAUCUUCUCCAACUACUCCCCUUACAACCAGCCACAGAAGGAUGUCAAGCUCCCCACAUUACAGUUGGCGAACGGAUCUCGAAGACAGAGCAUGCAGGCCAAAGAAGGCCCGUACUGGUCAAUCAUGCUGGAAGUCUCCGAAUCCAGUAUGAAGCCUGUCAACCAGGAGACCCUCCUCAAAGAUUGUAUCCAAGGUCUUGUCAAUACCGAAAUGCUCAAGCCCGAGGACGAAAUUGUUUCAACCUACCACCGUCGCUUCGAUCACGGCUAUCCGACUCCGAGCUUAGAGCGUGACGGGGCCCUCAAACAGAUGUUGCCUUACCUACAGGAAAAGGGUAUCUGGAGCCGUGGCCGUUUUGGUUCUUGGAAGUACGAGGUCGGCAACCAGGACCACUCAUUCAUGCUUGGUGUCGAGGCAGUCGACCACCUCGUCAAUGGUUCAGUAGAACUGACCCUCAACUACCCUGACUUUGUCAACGGUCGGCAGAAUACGGAGAGACGACUGGUGGACGGAGCACAGCUGUUCGGCAAGCAGAAGACGAACGGCAGUGUGGUUGUUGGAAGACGGAUGACUGGCGGGAAGACUGAGCUGGGAGGCCGGGUCGAGACCAGUGGAAAGGAGGCCCUCAAUGCGAGCAGCCGGACCGCGACCGCAAUGAAAGACGGAAAUUCUCGAGUCCUGAAUCGUCAAUGGUGA